GAAAAGUGAGGUGGUAGCAGUAGUGGUAUGUAGGUGAUGCAAGUGAUAAGCAAUCAGUGUGCCUGUAACCUUUAUCUUAAGAGGAACACAGUAUUCUUUGCUUCAGUCCUGUCCAGACCUCGUCAAACACAAGCUCCACCAUAUAUUUGCAGGACAUGGGUGGUGUGUGGAGAGGCUUGGUGGUGGUGGUGGCUGUGCUGGGGCAAAGUGAGGGCUUCCUGGAGUGGCUAGAAUGGUCGGACGCCAAGUUGGAUUUGUGCAAGGAAGUGUGUUCGUGUCCCAAAGACUUAGUGUCGGUAGAACGGGAAGGAAUUGACUGUGUGGACCGCAACCUUACUUAUAUACAAGGUGGUAUUGACAUCCCCAAGGUGUUCACAAAGAUCUCAUUUGCUCGCAACCACAUCAAGAGUAUUGCUGCAGACACCUUCAGCCCUUCCUCCUCCCUUGUCUCCCUGGAUAUCUCUGAAAAUUACCUUGAGAGUCUUCCUGGGAGGCCCUUUGCAAACCUGUACAUUCUCUCCUCCCUCAACCUCAGGAAUAACCUCAUUUCAAACGUUGAUGCAGAGGCAUUUGGAGGCCUUCAGAACUUGACCCAACUGGACAUCAGCUACAACAGGAUAGGUAGCCUGCCUGAGAAGAUUUUUGGAGAGCUCACGAGCCUACAGGAACUAAAUAUGGGCUUCAAUCCCUUGGGAGAACUCCAUGAGGGUCUGCUGCAACACACACCAGCCCUCAGAACCCUGGACCUGAACAAACUGAACCUCAAGUCCAUCCCAGAUAACUUCUUCAUGGCUAAUCUCACGAAACUGGAGAGUGUGUCACUGGCUCACAACCUGCUGAGGGUGGUGCCCAGCAAGGCUCUGCAUGGCCUCAGCUCCUCCCUGCUACACCUUGACCUUUCUGGCAACCUCUUCACAUCCCUGAGUGCCUAUUCCUUCUAUGGCCUGGGCAAUCUCCGCUCCCUUUCGCUAGAACAAAUGCUGCGGCUCACCAGGAUUGACGCGUAUGCCUUUGGAGACUUGAUGCACCUUGAGAAAAUUGUCCUGCGCUACAUACCUUGGAUUGAAAGAAUUGACUAUAAGGCUUUCCACAAGACAGAGAAUGGCGUGGAGUCUCCAAUCAUACUGUCAGACUUCACUUUCUCUUACACCUCCCUGCACACUCUGCCAGAAGACCUCCUUCCCUGGGAAGACCUCCACUACAUCUCCCUUGAGUUCAACCAUUGGCGGUGUGACUGUAACAUGCUCUGGGUCAAGAAUGCAACCUCUCUCCUUCACCAGACUGGAAACAGGAUGAUAUGUUAUGAGCCCAGCCACCUACGAGGGUACCGCCUGACUCACGCGAAGGACAAAGACCUGACCUGUGACUCCUCACCAUCCACAACACGGGGUGCCUUCGGAUUCCUUGUGGUAGUAAUGAUAGCAGGGCUGAGUGCCAGCCUGGCCACCAUAUCCCUCCUGGUGUACUGGCAGCGUGGGUGGGUGUGUCGGCAGCCCCCUGGUGCCUACACCUCAGUGCGGCGCAGUGGAAGCACCAUCACUAUCACAGAGGAGGUAGACACCACCUCUGAGGCUUGACCUGUGUUGAGCACCAUGCAAAGAUCAAAAAAGAGUGAAAGGACUCAAGUAUGCAAGGAGAAGUGUGAACAGACACAAGUGGAGGCUCAUCUGUAAUGACAACCCACUGAGGGAGUUUGCAGGAACAGGUAUCAGUGUAGACUAGACCAUACAUGUAAGGAAAUGAAGACAGGAAAGACAGAACUGGAAGAAGGCACAUGGACUGUACUCAUGGCCACACCCAUGGAGAGGUGCUGCUAAGAUAGCCCCAAAUAUAAGUAAGAAUUGAAACUUGUUCUCCUGUAGUUUUUCAUAACUAUUUGUACUCUGAAACACUAGAAAAUUUAAACUUGCUGCUGAAAAACCUCUCUGGAAUGGUUGGAAAUCAAGCUUCUGAAAGUCUGGAAUUGGCUUCACUUUUUAUGGCCAGGCAGAAGCUUAUAAUAAUCAGGCAUAGCUUGUUGUCUGACCAGUAUGAUGUUUAGAUGACCAAACCAUCCUUGAAUUGUAGCUUCAUUUACCAUGAGACUUGUCAUUUACAUUUACAUUGUGGAUCUUUUAAAUUUAUUGUCCACAUUGACUACACUGUGUGGUUGCAUCUCAGGCAGUGUGGUCAAAGAAGAUCACUCCUCACCCCACAGAGGCCAAGAAGCUUAUGUGUGAUGCUUGUGUGUGUGUUUACCUAGUUGUGCUUUGUGUGAAAAGAGGUGUGUGUGUGUGUGUGUGUGUAUGCUUCUUGUUUCAGCCUCUUCACCAGGGCUGUCAGACUCUGGUGCUGAGAUAGACUGAUGUGUUACUGAAGUUUCUCUGAUUAUCAUUUCAGUAUAUUAUGUAAAUUUUCAAUCAGGUUUCUGAUUAAUAAUUUGUUGCAACUUUAAUAUACAUUCAAGGAGAAAAA